GAUCAUAAAAGAAAAGGAAGCGUGUCCUUCUGGUCUUUCCCGGGAAGUUUUCACGAUGAAUUACACUGGGUCCAGCCCAUUGGCCGAAUCACCUGCAGUGGGUUUUACACCUGUGUUACAAAGUAUCAUCCCUGUGCCCGCCAAUGAAACCACCUGUGAAAACUGGAGAGAGAUUCACCACCUUGUUUUUCAUGUAGCAAAUAUUUGUUUUGCAAUUGGGUUGGUUAUUCCCACUACUGUUCCUUUUCAUAUGAUACUUCUUAGGGCGAUGUUGACACUAGGAUGCACCCUCUAUAUCGUCUGGGCCACUCUCUACCGUUGCGCCUUGGAUGUAAUGAUCUGGAACUCGGUGUUCUUGGGUGUCAAUGUUUUGCACCUUUCCUACCUGUUGUACACGAAAAGACCGGUGAAGAUUGAGAAGGAACUCCAUGGCGCGUACCGGCGACUCUUUGAACCCCUCCGCGUGUCUCCCGAUUUGUUCAGAAGACUGACUGGACAGUUUUGCAUAAUUCAAACCUUGACGAAGGGCCAGACAUAUGCUUUAGAGGACAAAACCUCCGUGGAUGACCGGCUGAGUAUACUUCUGAAGGGCAAAAUGAAGGUCUCCUAUCGAGGACAUUUUCUGCAUAACAUUUACCCCUGUGCCUUUAUAGAUUCACCUGAAUUUCGGUCAACUCAGAUGCACAAAGAUGAAAAAUUCCAGGUUACUAUUAUUGCAGAUGACAACUGCAGAUUUCUAUGCUGGUCAAGAGAAAGAUUAACUUACUUUCUGGAAUCCGAACCUUUUCUGUAUGAAAUAUUUAGAUACCUUAUUGGAAAAGACAUUACAAACAAGCUAUACUCAUUGAAUGAUCCUACAUCAAAUGAUAAGAAAGCCAAGCCCAGCCUUUGCACACAGAUUUCCAUGCUGGAAAUGAGGAACAGUAUGGCCAGCUCCAGUGACAGUGACGAUGGGCUGCAUCACUUCCUUCGGGGGACCUCCAGUGUCUCCUCGCUUUAUGUGUCAUCCCCACAACGAGCCUCUGCCAAGAUGAAGCCGAUCGAAGAAGGGGUGGAAGAUGACGAUGAGGUCUUUGAACCAGCGUCUCCAACCCCAUUGAAAGGGCACCAGUUGCCUUGAUGAGAGAGGAUUCAUGUUACCAAGACAAAGGUCGUCUUGAAGAUAUCCUGAAAAAGUACCAGCACCUUUUCUUAGCUUUGCGAUUAUUCAGCUCUGGGACGUCCAGACUGGCGGGGUCUGCGGGCCGGAGGGUGGGAAGGUCAAGGAGAAAGGCCGCUUCUCCGGCCCUUUUUCUUGCUCAGCUUUUUAACUAGUGGCUCGACCGAGCCUUCGGACUCAUCCUCAUUCUAGUUUGAGACAAGCCGCUCCACAGCGUCUUCUACAUGUGUUCGUUUUAGCUGAAAAGAUCGCGGUGCUCUUAGCGCACACACCUUUCAUGCGUCUUUCGAAGUUGUGCUUCUCUUUCCUCUCGGUGUGUUCGCCGCACGGGGCAGAUUGACCGAGCAAUGCAAGUUGGAAAUGGAGGUGGAGGUGAUAUUAAAAAGCCGGGCUCUCAAGCGCUCUUCCAUUUCUGUAUUUCUCUGUGUGGUGGCAUUUUAGACAACGGAAUUUGACUGGUUAUUUUCCCCCCAAGGCCAGACACAUGUUGGCACUGGAUCACCUUACGGAUGUGGGCCUCUGUAGAUGGCUCGAUAAUGGGAAAAGCUCCUCCGAGCGGACUCACAUUACCUUCUAGAAGUUCCCCCAUUUAGAGACUACUCUGAAACCUGACGCAAGCAAGAUAGCACAGGGGAGCAGCUCGGCAUUGGCUGUCCACCUUCAGCUAAACUCAAGUUUCCGGUGGUGUUGAGCCAUCUUGUCCCGCACCAACGGGGGUGGGAGAUGCUGUGCAGAGGCUAGAGGGGGCUGCAGAAGCAGAGUCGAGGGUCCUGAGCACGGGGUCACGAAGACGGGGUCGCUGAGUGCUGAGCCGCAUCCUUCAGCGUGUGUUCCCCAGCCUCCGUCUGGAAUGCACUUCUUGCCAGAACCGUGCUGUCGCCAACCAGGGUAAGACUGUGAGUUUGGCUCAAAGCGCCCUGCUGCUGGUCAGUGUGACCAUGGCACCUGGCCGUCCUGCACGCAGGUGAAUGAAGCCCGUUGUUAGGAAAUGCCUCAUCCUGCCCCAUUCACGUGUAUUCUUAUCUCACCCAUCGGAGGGACUUCGAGUUGGUCCCUUGUUGGGUUAAAUAGCUAAGGAAAGUUCUAAAUGAAAUGAUUUUCGGGUCACCUGAGCCAAAAGAAGCAUCUCUUGCCAAAACGUGAUUUAUGUGAGAGAAGUAAGGCAGCAUAGGGGCACUCUGUUUGCCUAAAUCCACUCUUCCUGGGCCAUUUCGUUUUGUCAUUCAACUUGAGUUACACUUACAUGCUAGGCCACUCAGUGCCACAUUUUACAGAAAGCUGGGCAACCCAGCUGCUGACGUGUCAUUCCCUGUACAGGGAAAGGCGGAUUUUGCAUGACUAUGCUAGUGGGCUCUUCAGUUGGCUACAGAUGGAACUUAUUGUUGAGAAAACGGAGCUCGAGGCGUGGGUGACUUCGUCUUGCUUCUCAGGUUGAAGGAUCUCUUUCUGUACCUAAGCACUCCGCUGCGACUCUCCUGUAACUGGGGAACUGUUUCCUCCUCGCCCUUAGCCCCAAAAAAGCGCAGCUCACUGCGUUGACGGCAACAGAAGACCAGCUUGCCCUCUCUUACAGACCUAGUCUCCCAGAUCGCACCGCAGCCUAAUGAGCCCGCACACGCUGCCCAGACCGGGCAGUUACUGUAGAUGCUGCGGAGGCCCUAUUUCUUACUUUCUUUAUUUAGGUUUGAGGGGACUUUAUUGUAAAGCGUAACACACCGGGAGCACAGGCAUGGGUACUUUGUCGUUCCUUUGUGAGUGGGGCUGGUUUCAGGGGCAAAUUCCGCCGCUGCCAACUACACAUAACACACAAACAGAAUAUGGAAUAAGACAGAAACAUCCGCUUCUCUAGCAAUUGCAAAGAACACUUAGGUAACCGUCUCCCAGGACAAAAGAAAGUCAUUGUCAGUGUCCCAGCUCCUCCCUCUUCCCGAAGACAACGGCCAUCCGUACACCUGACUGUCACGUCUGUCUCGCCCACCGUGGUUGAGCCGCACGCGAAUGGAGCCGUGUGCCUGCCGUGUUUGGGGAUUGUGUGGCAGCUGCUAGCCACAAGGUCAGCGGUGUGAGCCGUCUUUCUGAAUGCAUAAAGUUCUCAUGUCCCGUCCCAUCUUUGCGCUCCUUUCCCUCUGUCAACCGCCGAGAGCAGAGAGGCUCCCCUGUCAGGACCCACUUGGACAGGUGUGGGGGUUCUUUCUCCGUAGCGCUGGGAACAAACUGUCUCAAAGGCACACCGUUCACACGAAGCGAUGCAUAUCAUUCACUGCUCCGUGAAACGUGUGCCUGGAUCAGGGAAGAUUGCAAUCUCGGGAGGAGAAAUCUUGAAAGAACCACUUUGCCUGAAUGGGAAACAUGAAGCGAUGCUGUACUUCUAGGAGAGAGGAUGGGCCCCGGAGAGGGGAGCCAAGAGCCAUGGAGCAGGCCUCCCACGUCGUUGGCUCGGUAGCUAACGAGCAGAUAAGGAAACAGAAAAGAGUUUGAAGUGUCAGAUCUCCUGCAGAUGACGGAAAAUCCACCAUGCAAAUGAACAGAUAUCUCUUUGUGUAACACACACUCGCGUAGAUCUGAAAAACACGCUUGUCCCGAAUAAGAUUCUUGGCCUGCUUUCUUCUUUUUUUCAGCAUUCACUUAACUGUGUCAUCAAGGAUCAGAAAUACUGCAAAACGAUUUCUUUUGUCCCCCAGUUCUAUUACCUUAAGUCAAUUGGGUUGGGACAUUCUUUAAUGGAACUUGUGUGUCUUUUAUAAUAGGUUGAAAACCUUCAUCAAAAUCUGCAUUUAUUAAGACAAUAGCAUAUUGCAUCGAUCCUAAAGAAUGUCCAUGAAUCUUAAAUGAGUAAUGUUGGGUCCUCUAUAAUUGCUCUUCCUUUACCACCCUCUGCUUUAUGGAGCCAUUUCUGCAUCUGCUUCGCCCUCUCAUAGUUGAUUGGACAACUGUGCGCUGUGCCGUCAACAGCCUGGGCACUGGAAGAUGUCUCUCUUGCGUCUCAUUCUCUACCUGUCUGAAGCCUUUUUUGCUUUUAUGGUUUAGAGCUGCCAGCUCCUGUGUUAAGUUGGGUUUUCCAGAGGAGCGAAACCAGGGACACAUACAUGUAGGUAGACCCAGUCCAGCUCAAGUCUUUGGAUCAAAUGUUAACUGGAGCCCUUUCCUGAUUUACACCACUCACUGCUGACCAAUAAAUGAGGAAAUAGGAAGAUGAAGCAGGAGGUUGGGAAGACUGAGUCAAGGGGAUGCAUGGCAUGCUGCCAACCGCUCCCAGGGCUGACAGGUCACGUGACCGACUGCCUAAGUCUCGCGGGACUAGACACAAGAUUCAGGCCAACAAAAAGGAAGAAGGGAUAGAGUCAAUUCUCCAAAGGCUAUAUAAAAUAGGCCAAGGAGACGUCCGCAGGCUGAGACUGGCAUCUUAUGAGGGAUGCUGUACUGCCCCACUCCUGAGGGUCUGGCCCAGCAAAGUUGACACAGCGCCCAACACUCAAGAUUCCUGUCUCCUGGGUGGCAGCAUAGCCUCCCAAACAGAGCCGCCUGGAUGUUGGGAAAACCUGUAGGAUUAGUCGAUGUGUUUUAUAUACUUUACCCUGUCUCCAGUGCCGCCAGGUAGGGACUAAACUCUUAACUGAAAAUGUCAUGCUAAUGAACAGUGACUACUGGCCAAACACUUGUGUAUGCAGGUCACUUCUUCCCGGCAAGAUGUUGGACACUCCCUGGGGACCCCUGGGAGCAGAUCCAAAAACCCAUCUAGUGUUUUCCUCCAUUUCCUGAGCAGUUCCCAAUGCUGCUCUCCAGAAACCUCUGCCUCGGCCCCACCUUGCUCUCCUCUCCUUUCCCUCUUCCCAACCCUGGAUUCCCAACUCCUUUUGCUGAUGCUUCCCAAGGAGGAUAAUGAGACAUUCCCCCUACUCAAUUCAAAUUCAUGAGGAUUGGAAUGGUAAAAUGCUGUGUGGGGCAUGGUUACUAUACUUGGUUUCUGAUCUUUUUUUUCCCUCACUGUAAGCCAUAGUUUGAUUGUUGCAGCACUCACAGAAUGCCUUGUGUAUAAUGAUAUAUUGUAGAACUCCUAAAUUUAAGAAACCUGCUUCUCAUUACCGAUUUUUCUAUUUUACUUGCAAUCUCAUUUUAAAGUAAAAGAUAUGGAGUGCGUUAUACAGACACAUUAUAGGAAUCUCUUUCUUUCUGAUUUCAAGUGCCAUUUACAUUGACAACAUUGCUUUAUAAUAAAGACACAUUUUGUCCAAA